CGUCGAUCUGUAAAGUUGGUCUAAAGAGUAUACAAAAAAAUACAGCAACAAUAGAAAAAAGGCUGAAAAAAUGGAAGUGAAGAAUAAAUACAUAGUGAUAAAGCAUCACUUUGAAGAUGCACCCAAAGAAGCCAACUUUGAGCUUAAAACUGGGACAAUAGCUCUGUCCGUUGCACCAGGUUCUGAUGAUAUCAUAGUCAAGAAUCUCUACAUUUCUAUCGACCCGUACCAGAUUAACCGCAUGAAACUUUCUAGUUCUUCCCAGGGUACUUCAAGCUUUGCAGCACCCAUAAAUCCAGGCGAGGCCAUUGAUGGUGCUGUUAUUGGAAAAGUUGUGGCUUCUGGGAAUGCUAAGUUUCAGAAAGAUGAUUUGGUGCUUGGAGUAUUCACAUGGGCACAGUACAGUUUGGUGAAAGAAGGGAGUAUCUUGAGAAAAUUAGAGUCCUCUGAAUUUCCACUAUCAUACUAUCUUGGAGUUCUGGGAUUCAACGGACUGUCAGCUUAUGCUGGGUUUUUUGAAUUGUGUAAACCCCUAAAGGGUGAAAAGGUUUUUGUCUCUGCAGCUGGUGGAGCAGUUGGAAAUUUAGUAGGCCAAUAUGCAAAGCUUUUAGGUUGCUAUGUUGUUGGUUGUGCAGGUACCCAGAAAAAGGUGGAAUUGCUUAAAUAAGAGCUAGGUUUUGACGAAGCAUUCAACUACAAAGAAGAAAAAGAUCUAAACUAUGCUCUUAAAAGGUAUUUUCCUGAUGGAAUUGACGUAUAUUUUGACAAUGUUGGGGGUGAGACGCUGGAAGCAGCUGUGGCUAAUAUGAGGAUAUUUGGAAGAGUGGCUGUUUGUGGGGUGAUAUCUGAGUAUAGUAGUGCUGGAAGAAAAGCUUCACCAAACAUGUUGGACAUUGUGUACAAGAGAAUCAGCAUCAGAGGAUUUUUGGCUGCUGAUUUUCUGAAUGUUUUUGAAGAUUUUUUUUCAAAAACUUUGGAUUACCUUCGUACAGGAGAGUUAAAGACAAUUGAAGACAUUUCAUCAGGCGUGGAGAGCAUCCCUUCUGCUUUUGUUGGACUCUUCAAAGGGGAUAACAUUGGAAAGAAAGUUAUAAGUUUAGCAGAAGACUGAUACAGGAAUGAAGUUGAGGUUGAGCAAGAGAUUAGAGAAAAUGCUACUCAUUAAUCACCAGUACGAUGAAUUUGAUAUUUAAGAAUAAGAUUGUUGUCGGAAAAAGGUUUUGAAUUUUA